AUUAGUAUGUGAGGCCAAGCUUGUUUUGAAGAAGAAGAAGAGUUGCACAGUUCAUGGCGGGGGAGCGGAGUCGUCUCCUGCCCCAUGGAGCGUACAGCAUGUUGGGGGACAGUGCAGACUCCAGGAAGGGGUCCACGUCCGGGGAAGACGCUUCCAAAUCCAAUCCCCGCAAACUCAACACCUUCUUUGGGGUGAUGGUGCCCACCAUCCUGUCCAUGUUCAGCAUCGUCCUCUUCCUGCGCACAGGUUUUGUCGUUGGUCAUGCUGGUCUUCUCCAAGGAUUGCUCAUGUUGAUUGUGGCAUAUUUCAUCAUUUCCUUGACCAUCCUGUCGAUCUGUGCUAUCUCUACUAAUGGGGCAGUGCAGGGGGGCGGAGCUUACUACAUGAUCAGUCGCUCUCUGGGUCCGGAGUUUGGAGGCAGCAUCGGCCUCAUGUUCUACCUGGCGAAGGUGUGUGCAUGCGGCGUGUACGUGCUCGGGCUGGUGGAGGCCAUACUCAACGUUUUUGGACAGGAUCCAGUUGCCGGGGUGCCGGAGGGAGUGCGCGUCCUGCCUCAGGGUUACUGGUUCUCAGUUCUCUACUCCUCCGUGCUGCUGCUGCUCUGUUUGGUCAUUUGUCUGAUCGGCGCUCACAUCUACGCCAAAGCCUCCUUCCUCAUCCUGCUGGUGGUGAACGUGGCCGUGCUGUCCAUCCUCAUCAGCCCGCUAGCUGUCGGGCCACGCAACUUCAGCUUCACACACAAACUGGGCCCGAACAACACAGUCACGCACAACGGCAGCUACACAGGCUUCAACAGCAGCACACUCGCCAAUAACUUGUGGUCGGGCUACUCUUUAGACUACAGUACAAACAGGGUGAUGUCAUUUUCCACGGUCUUUGCUGUGAUGUUCACCAGCUGCACUGGCAUCAUGGCAGGAGCCAAUAUGUCAGGUGAACUGAAGAACCCCAGUGUGGCCAUUCCAAAAGGCACCAUCAUGGCUGUGUUGUACACCUUCAUCGUCUACAUACUCCUCUUCUUCCUCGUCAGCUCCACCUGUGACAGGGUGUUGCUGAUUAAUGACUUUGCCGUAUUCCAGCAAAUAAACCUGUGGGCUCCGUUUGUAAUCAUCGGCGUGUACUGUGCCUCACUAUCUGCAGCCAUGUGCUCACUAAUUGGAGCUUCACGCAUCCUACAUGCCCUUGCAAUUGACCGGCUCUUCGGUUUGCCCCUGGCCCCUGCUGCCAUCACCUCCCGCUCGGGAAACCCCUGGGUCUCUGUACUCUACACCUGGGCACUGGUGCAGUGCACAGUGUUUGCAGGUCAGCUGAAUGUGAUAGCAGGUUUGGUGACUGUCUUCUAUCUGCUGUCCUAUGCUGCAGUAGAUCUGGCCUGUCUGGCUUUGGAGUGGGCAUCUGCUCCCAAUUUCAGGCCUACGUUUCAGUACUUCUCGUGGCACACGUGCCUGCUGGGCCUGAUUAGCUGUCUGGUGAUGAUGUUUGUGAUAAAUCCAGUAUACUCAUCAGCCAGCAUUGUGGUCUUACUGCUGUUGCUGCUCUUCCUGCACUAUCGAUCGCCCACAAGCAGCUGGGGCUACAUCAGUCAAGCGCUCAUCUUCCAUCAGGUGCGGAAGUAUUUGCUGAUGCUGGACUCGAGGAAGGACCAUGUGAAGUUCUGGAGGCCACAGGUGCUGCUGAUGGUGGCCAACCCUCGCUCUUCCUGCCAGCUCAUCUGCUUUGUCAACCAGCUAAAGAAAGGAGGCCUCUUUGUGCUGGGCCAUGUGCAGAUCGGAGACCUGGAUGUCUUGCCAACAGAUCCUGUUCAGCAGCAAUAUAACUUCUGGUUGAGUCUGGUGGAUAAGCUGGGUGUUAAAGCAUUUGUAGAUCUGACCCUCUCUCCUUCAGUCAGGCAGGGCACUCAGCAUCUGCUGCGCAUCACUGGACUGGGAGGAAUGAAGCCAAACACGCUAGUCCUGGGCUUCUAUGACAGCUGUUACCCAGAGGACUAUUUCCUUCAGGAUCCUACAUUCUGUAAGGGUGCAGUGGAUGGUGCCGGUUUUAUUGGAGAUGAGGGGGACAAUUUUGGUGUGGACCUCCCAUCCCUACAGGCUCACUUUCCUCCUGUGCGUCAUGCAGAGUGCCCCCGCUGGAUUCAGCCAGAUGAGUACGUGGGCAUCAUCUCAGAUGCCAUCAAAAUGGGCAAGAACGUGUGCCUGGGCCGUUACUUCUUCCAGCUUCCGCCUGAAAGCAAAGGAAAAGGCGCAAUGUCGACGAAAAGUGGAGAUCAUGCUGCUGACACGAUUGACGUGUGGCCAUCUAACCUGCUAAGUGUUGGUGGAAACCAAAGCUAUGCCGAUGUAUGCAGCCUCUUCCUGCUGCAGAUGGCAUGCGUUUUAAACAUGGCUGCAGGGUGGCGCCGUGCUCGUCUGCGCAUCUUCCUCUGUGUGGAAUCGGAGUCUGGAGACCAGGGCUGGCUGGCCAAAGAGGAGCGCUUCAGGGAGCUGCUGGGGAAGCUGAGGAUCCGUGCCACUAUUAAGAUUGUGCCAUGGGAUCCUGUGGUGCGGCUGCUGCGAGGAAGCGACAGAAUCGCGCCCCCUGUGGUGACGGAGGAAUUCCUGUGUGAAGUCAACAGGCUUCUGAAAGAACACAGCACUUCCGCUGCAGUGCGCUUCCUCUAUUUGCCCUGCCCACCUGUCGAUUCCAGCCAAUCACAGCAGUACCUGGCACAGUUGGAUACCCUUACUCAAGGUCUUGGUCCCACUCUUCUGAUUCAUGGGCUGACCCCUGUUACAUGUACUGAGCUUUGAGCGAAUUAAAUGAAGUUACAUAUAAAGGGAAAUCACUGUCAACCAAAUGUUAGGCCAAAUUUACUCAGAAAAGACAUGUUUGGUGUGUGACACUUGCAUCUUUAGUUUUGCAAUGGAACUAUGUGGCUAAUGGAAGUCUGUCUUGGCUAAUAUAUUUUAUCUACUUGCUUUGAUGUGUAUUAUUAGCCAUCAGGUUUUUUUUUUUCUAAAAUACCAGGGACAUCCAUAUUUACUAAUUUAAGUGAUCAGGUACAUUGGUCUCAUAACUGCACACCAAACAAAGUGCACACCAAACAUGUCACAACUGUUUGACUAUAUUUGAUGUAAGGGGGAAAUUGUGUACUUGCAAAACUAUCCCAACUUAAACACACAUGCAGUGACUUGUGCUUACUUAAAACUGCAGGUGUGUCUUACUGUGUGGGCAACUUAUUUGUUCUCUGUCAACAUAUCUAUUUGUUCUCUUCUUGAUUUGCAUAAGACAUUUAUUUAAAGGGAUAAACUGAACCAAAAAGAUAUAAUGGGUUUUGUGUGUCAAUCACUGUUGCUACAUAAAAGGGGAACAUAAACAUUUAACAACCUUUAUUCAAGCACUUUCCUUCCAUUUCAGAGCAAGAUGAUCUGAAGGAUAUUUAGGGAAUGUGACGAUUGAGCUGAAGGGAGAGUCCAUGUGUGGUUUUGACUUGAACUUUAACAUUCUGUAGUGAUUUUUGUACAAAUGGCACAGCCAGCUAUCUUACUUAGACUUCUUUUCUUCCAUUUAUGCUUUACUUUAGAGUGUUAUUGUGGAACUGCCUGAAUUACUUUCCCAAAGCCUUGCAGACAGGUUUGUGUUAACACACUGCAGUCCUCACAGGAAGACUGAUGGAUACCUGGUCCCUCGGUGUUAUCAGGCCAGUGCAUUACUUCCCAUUCCAAGUCUUUUUGUGUUCAACAGCUCCUUCCUGCAGUUUGACUGUCUUAAAGGAAUACUCCAGAGUUUUUCAGCCUAAUCUUUAUCUACACAAACAAACGUAUAUCAGCGCACUUCACUGUAAUGAUGAGAAGGGGGGGGACCUGGAUGCUUGUUUAAUUUUAUCAGUAAACAUGUUAUAAUCUAACCAUACUGAGAAGGACAUGACGGAAAGUCUUGUCAAAGCUUUACAACACUGCUUUGAGGUUUUCCUGCAAAACUCUUCACUACUUUGACCUCGUAGGUAAGGAAUAACCCAGAAUUAGUAGUUUCAUACGAACUUUAAAGAGAGAGGGAAAAAAAGGAGGUGAGGGAACAGCUGUUUAUAGCUGCUAUAAGUGAUAACAGGAACUAACUUGUUUUGCAGAAGUUCAGGAACAAUAAAUGUAACUAAACAAAUAUUUGAUGUUCUUCAGUCAAUGAAAAAUGUAAUCAUUGUCUAAUCACUAUGGUACAAGAGGAAUAAACCACUUUGGUACGUGCUGUUAUAGGAAAAUAACGAACUUUGGAGUGGUAAUAGUAAAAAUUAUUUUCCUAUAACAGCACGCCCCAUGUGCUUUAAUUCUUACACAUUUCACAUAAAUGUUUAUUGAGUUCAACACUGCCCUUAGACUUUGAAUAUAUGUGAGUUUUGAGCACAAGUUUUCUGUUCUUUCUAAAUUUAGGGGAAUGUGUCACAGGUCUUGUUUGUUGUAAUCACACAAACACUGUGGAUAUGUUAGAAGUCAAUUUGAAAAAUGCUGGAGUUUGGAAAACACAUGCUGGACUAUUCCUUUAAAGGCCUGAACUGAGACAUAGCAGAAAUUAGGAGCCUAAUGACAUAUAAUUGUGACAAUUGUGCUAUUUAUGGAUGUGCAUAGUUUUUGUUUUGACAAUAUAUUGAUGCUUAGUGUCUUAAGACCUAGUUGAAUAAUGUUGCCUUAAAUAUGGUGCUUGUUUAUGUACAUUUGCUGCAGAUCAUAAUCUGUUUGCUAGAGUUAACCAAAAAUAUAGAUGCAAAUGCUUAUGUGAAUAUAGUCAUACAUUAAAAGGUAUGAUGCAUUGCUGCUUUCACUCAGCUUUAUUGUAACUGCACUUACUGGCACCAGAUUUUAGUUUGUGGUGUUGACAUACCUCAUUUCUUUAUGUCGAGUUCUAUAAGAGAUGAAUAGGAGAUGGUUUGAAGAAUUUUGAAAUUGAUACAUGAAGUUUGUGUUAACGUUUGGGUUGGAUUGCAUCUCUGUAAACAUGCCUGAGAAGCUGAUUUAACUAAUAUUCUGACUAAUACAUCAGUCAGCAGAUGCCGCCUCUGUUUUUCCAGGCAACCAUGAAUAAUUGUUGAAUAAUAAGCCAUUGAAAAGUACAGUGAGUAGAAACGCAGGUGUUUGUACUUGUGCUGAGAAACAUUACGGGUGUGAAGAUUCUCUUCUCGACACAAUGAGGUUAGUCUGAAUGUACAAGCAACUGAUGGUCUUGUGCUGUAAUUUAAUGUAUAUUUAUAUAAAAGAGGUCCUGUAUUAACAAUACAUAUUCUGCUGUAGUUAACAAACAUUGGGCAAUAUUAUUAUAUAUUAAACAAAUAUGUACACAAUAAACUGGUUAAAUAUU